AUGAUGAACAAGGUGCACAAACCGACGGGGAACGGCACUACCCACAAGAUACGCGAGCAACUGAAUUUCAAAGAUAACAAGAAAUGGAAGCAGUUCUCCAGUAGAAGGCUGGAGCUGAUCGACAAGUUCGGGCUGAGCGAGCGGAAAGCCAGCGAGCAGGACGACAAUAUCCGGCAGAUAGCCACCAUCCUUAGGACGGAAUUUGGGUACCCUGUAAGCAGUUCUGGCGAGUUCGAGAAGCUGGUUACGGCGGCUGUGCAAUCGGUUCGCAGAAAUAGGAAGCGGUGCACCAAAACCAGGAAUGCAAAUACCAUGCGGAAAGGCGGGGCGACCUCGAGCGGCAGUGCUACGAGCACCUCUGACGCGGAGGAGGGCAUCUCCAAGGUGUCAUCUCCAGUCAUGCAUGGUAGCACUGCCUCUCUAUCCUCGUCAGCGGGCUGCAUUCCGCCAAUACAAUCAGCCCCUUCCCUCCCCGUUCUGCAACCUAGGCCCGUGAGGGUCGUAGCUACCCGUUCUCUGAAGCUAGAUCACUACGGAAACGGAAACCCGAUCUAUGGCAGCAAUGUCAGCGCUGCAAGUGCCAUCAACUGUAAUGAGAUACUACGGAGCGUGAUAAUGGAUCUGGUGUACAACCAUAUUCCCCUAGCAGAACAAUGCCGGCAUGAUACUUCACCAAGUCUCACCGACUUGGCCAUCUUUUCGCAACACCGCAAUCUUCUUUCCCUUGCGCUUGCGUCUUCCAAGCAUGAGUCCAAAGAAGCCGAGGACCGAGAACAAUCGGACCAGCACAAUCGCGCAGCUUCGAACGAAAACAUACCAUUCUUCCUUAGGGAGAAAAUAUUACUUCAUAUCCAGAGGUCCAAGACCUGUAUGGAGAUUGCCACUGAAGAACUGCGAUUAGAAAAUUGCGUUAAUCUCUGCAUGCUAGGGGACACAUGUAUCAAAGCGGCGGUGUCCUUUGUGAUGGAGAGGUUUUUCUCUAGUUUACCAGUCACAUCUACGGAAUACAUCACGCAGAAGGUCACAUCUUUGGAGCAAUCCGCUCUCAUCUGCAUGAAAUUCUUUGCGCCAGGCACGAAAUCCAAUAUGCAGAUCCUGUCAGUCGAGAACAAGGUUACCUUGUUUCAGUUGAUCAUUGGUGCAAUUGUGAAAGACUUUGGUUUUGACCCUUGUCUGUACCCACUAGGCGAGGUCUUCCAUGACCUCAUAUUGCGACAAUACCCGCUAGUAUGCAGCUCCUCUCCUUCUCAGAAGACUGCUGUAUUAACCACUCUGUCGAUGAAACCACAGCUAGCAAAUCGCGAUGUGAAUCGUAAAGUUCUGCUGAAAUUCCAGGACAAAGAACAACGCUUCACGUUUCCACUUCUCUCUAAUGGGCCUCCUACUAUGAAUGAUGUUCUUGAAAAUCUGCGCCAAUUAUUCCAAAUACCCAAUACCUACAGUAACUUGGCGCUGUUCCACAACAAUACGAUUAUUAAGGAUGAUAUGGAACUAGCCUCUAUUUUAAACCAAUUCUCAGCCGGAGAGACAAUCAUUGAAAUUAAAGAACCAUCCAGUGCGUCUGGGCAGUCAGUAAGCGCUGUGGAGUCCAGCUUUAAUGGCCUCACCAUUCUCAGCAACGUAUCAACCACUGCUGCGCCUAGCAUCUCCAUGCCUUCUUCGAAGCCCUCAUCGGUAAUAGGGAGGUCUUCCUCUCCCCUCAUAUCGAACUAUACCCAUAGCAAUACCGCCAGUGUGGCGGCGCUAGACAGCAUCAUAAGCAGGAUAUCAUCGCCUGUGGCCGUUAAGGCGCAAUCGGCCAACGGUGAAGUCAUUGCCCCUCCAACCAUUCGUACGAAGUCCCCGCAACCUUCAGGUGCACAAACCAAGGGAUCCUUCGAGAAGGGCCUCCCACAGCCCGUUUUCCAGCCGCUGUUGUGA